CUCCGCCUAAACUGUCAACGCGCGCGAAAGCAGAGAAGAAACAAAAACAAGUGCGUGUGUGACACACAGUGGCAACACGCAAACCGUAAAAAACUCCAUUUUACUCGGCACAAAGUGCGAUCGUGUGGAGAAGUUGUUGUUUCGGAUAUUAGGGGAAAAUAUUGUGUUGUAGCGUUUUCAGUUGAAUUUAUUGAAACAACUUGAACUAGCACACCUCUACGCUGAAGAACAACAAAGCUGCUCCGCCGCCGUACCGUCACUUAGCACAGGAUUGUACAGUGACUUUGAGCUGUAAGUGAACCUAAAAUGAAAAACAAGCAAAUAUUAAUAUAAAUUACACAACAAUGUAGGAAGUUGGACGAAGGAGAGGAAAGGAAGAGGAGUUGUAGGAGUGAAGGAAAGGAAGAGGUUAUCGUUGGAAAGGAAGACUAAUUUAGUAAGUAACACAGACACAAAACUGUAAACUAAAACUAAAUAAACUUACCUUUUGCAGUUUUGUAGCUGUCAAAAGACUGCUCACAAAAGUUGGUUUUAUUACCACCCGAACAAACUACAAAAUAAAUUAAGGGUUCGGUAUCCUCUCCACGAUGGCUGACGAUCACUUCGACUUCACCGAUGCGGAGGAAAUUAUCACCUGCAGCUACUGCGAACAGACAUACCACUCCCGCUGCGUGGACAACACGGCGGCGGACACGGAGUGGUACUGCCCGGAAGGUUGUCGGAACAAUCCCGACGAUUCAGCCGAACAAGCUCGCGAACAACCAGAUGCGGCGAUCGAAAUGGAUUGUCCUGCGGUUGGGCAAGCGGAAGAAUUCGACGCGGAACGUUGGAUCCGGGAGAAGCAGAUCGAGAUCGAGUUGGAGCUGGCGGAAAGGCAAGCGCAGAUCGAUCGCGAGCUGCGGGAGAAGGAAGACAAGAUGGCCGAAGCAAUCCGGAAGGUAAUGCGGCGGCAAGAAGCCAACUUGGAGCUUGAGCGGAAGAAUAAGGCGAACCACGAGAGGCGAAUGGCAGUAUUGCAGAGUUCGUUCGAAAGGAGGUCGUCUCUCAUCGACGAGCAGCUGGAGCUUACCAAGUAUGGCUUCGAGAAGAUCCUGCAAUGUCCUCAAGUCGUCGACUUGACGAGUGAGGAAGAGGCAGAAGACGAGAAGAAGAUCGAGCGCGACGAAAGCUCGUCGGAGACGAGUGAGGACCACGACGGAAAAGCGAAAAGUCGCGCGAAGGACGCCGGCGAGAGCGGUGCGAAGCUGAACAAGCAAGACGUCAGCAGAACUCUAUACGGGCUGGGGCAGCAAGGUUCCGGGCUUGAGAAGGCACAAUUGGCCGCGGGCGGGGGGCUUACCAGAAAGUUCCCUUGCUACCCGAACGACCCAAAACCGUUGCCAAAGUCCUACGGAGCGCAACAAGAAUCCUCAGAAGCCUGUGGAGUGUCGGACGGACAAAAUCCUGCGAAGCUUCGGUACCGACUCAAAGGUGCGGUGCAAGACACUGGACACUGUUCGCCUCAUUUGUCCCAGCCGGUCAUCGAGAAGCAACGGCAAGUGGUGGAUCAUCCGGAACCGCUGCAACGAAGCCAUCCGGCGAGUACGCGCGGACAUGAGCAUUCAGCGGCGAACGGCAAGCUUGCAACGCUCACAACGCUCGAAAGUACAGCGGAUCAACUGUACGAGCGCACGGAAGCGACGGAUGUCACGCUGGUGAAUCCGCUCGCGAUUGAAGACCCAGCUAGCGUACUUCCAAAUAAGGAGGAACGGCUCUGGGCAACGAAGAAGGCGGAAAUGAACAACUUUUCGUCGAGAAAUAAGCCGGACAAGAUAGCCGGAGCAAAUAGAAGAAGGCAGAUAGAGGACGCGAACCUCUGCUGUCGGGAGGAGGGCAGCUCCAGCCUGAGCAGGGCCAACCAAAUGCAACCAAGAGUGCGCCACGAUUGCCGGUUGCGGUUCUGUCAGGGAACGGAGGAGUUGUUCGACGACGAGCGUACGAAGAUCAUCGUGAACUGGAUGCUUGGCGAUGUGGUCGAAUGCUUGCUGGAAGUACGCGGUCAGGACGUCGCACGCCAAAAGCCUCGCACCCUUGGGGCUCGUCCCGUCACACGCACGGGUAGCACCAGCAUGCUCAAGGUUUUGCGAAUUGUUCCGCAUCACGGUGACACAGCGUUCGCGGACGAGGCAACCACUGUCGCGUUGAUUGUUGGUGCGAAAGCAGUACUAAUGGAACACGGAGCUGUACUAGAGAUGCUCGCUAGUCAGCGGACGGCUGUCACGAAUUGCGGGAGGCCAGGAAUAACGCGAAUAAAUGGGUUGGCCUUCAUGGUGAGCACAGCUGGCGGCUGCAACCGGUGGAUCAAAGCAGAAGAACUUUCGGCACAGGAUUGCAGCGUUUUGGCGGCCGACAGGGGUCAACUGGCAAAAUCAGCUACAGCGAGCCAGCACCAAGCGACGGCGAAAGAUCCGGACAAACCAAAGGAUCACAGCCCACUGCUAGAUUCGGUGGCGUGUGAUCAGCAUGGUCCGGCAGAUCCUGGGCCAAGAUCAUGGGCGAAGUCAUCCGCUGGUUGCACGAGAACCUCUGCAAGCGGAUCCAUGCACGAUAGUGGAAUCGAUGUGGAACUUCAAGUGGUCUACCGAGACUGCUUGAAAGUUAAGACGGGAAACUUGAUCGAGAUGUGGACGAAUGCACAGGACGACUUAUUUCUGGAGAAGCUGAGGCCAAGACCGUACCAAAACCACGGCACCCCUUUGCGCAACCCAGAUAUUGGACUUCUGUCCAGGAAGAAAGCAGGAGGGUGCACAGCGGAAACAGAGGUGACGCAAAAUCUCGAAGAAGUCGGAGGUAAGCCUUUAACGGUCAACACCAACGUCAUCGAGAAGCGAGUCAACGAGAAGAACCUGCAAGAGUUGGACGACAUGCAGAAGCUGACGGAUGGAAACGUCGGCAAAGCGACAAACUCAAGUUCCGUAAAUGGCGAGCAAGGCGUGGUAGGCGUCAGCAAUGAUCAAGAAGAGGUCUACAAGUUGUCGCAGGAGCAGGAAGGUGGACGAGAAGCGGCGAACACAGCGGUUUUGAAAGUUUCUGGUAAAUCCGACGCACCGGAUGGCCCGACGGAUGUUACGGGCUGGGGUGUUACGACCGCUGAGAUGGCCACACUGCCAUACGGUGUAGAGCCGGCGGUGUAAAAGGCCGACUCCAACUAAACUGUCAACGCGCGCGAAAGCAGAGAAGAAACAAAAACAAGUGCGUGUGUGACACACAGUGGCAACACGCAAACCGUAAAAAACUCCAUUUUACUCGGCACAAAGUGCGAUCGUGUGGAGAAGUUGUUGUUUCGGAUAUUAGGGGAAAAUAUUGUGUUGUAGCGUUUUCAGUUGAAUUUAUUGAAACAACUUGAACUAGCACACCUCUACGCUGAAGAACAACAAAGCUGCUCCGCCGCCGUACCGUCACUUAGCACAGGAUUGUACAGUGACUUUGAGCUGUAAGUGAACCUAAAAUGGAAAACAAGCAAAUAUUAAUAUAAAUUACACAACAAUGUAGGAAGUUGGACGAAGGAGAGGAAAGGAAGAGGAGUUGUAGGAGUAAAGGAAAGGAAGAGGUUAUCGUUGGAAAGGAAGACUAAUUUAGUAAGUAACA